AAAAUGCUAAGUUUUUGCACGGAUACACUAACUAAUAAUGAGAUUUUCUUUUCUGUAAUUUGGGAAUAUUUAAAGAUUUGUUAAUUAAUUUUAAUAAAUAAUUUAAUGAUUCCAAUGAGCAAAGACUAUUCAAGUGUGUAACGACCCAGUAACCAAGUGUAAUGGCUAAUUAAUUAUUUGCAUUAAAACUACGACGAAACAACGACGACAAGUGAAAAGUACGAGAAAAAAAAAAACACUAUUCAUACGCCUUAAAAAGCACAGCACACUCACAUACAUCUUGGAAAGAGAUUAAGAAACGACCGAUCGAGUAAACGACAUCUGAAUCUUUUUUGUGGAAAAACAAAUAGAAAACGAUAUAAGCCAAAUAAAAAAUAAACACGGGCCAUCAGGCGACGGCAAAAAGCGAAAAUAGAUAACAAAGACUCCAUCAAGGCCAUCGGAAAGAAAAUUAAACAAAACUAGCCGACAUUAAUUGAAAUUUUAAACAAGUACGAAGUAGGCAAACCAACUAACCAGCCAGCCAACCAACCAACAAUAGGUGUAAAUACACAAACAUACAAAAAGAGAGAGAUAGGCAAACACAUACACAGGCACAUCCAGCGGAGAGGAAGAGACCGGCUUAGAACGCAAAUCCGAGGCUAGUGGAGGCGUUUGCCGCAACCACUUAGCUGUCAAUGUCCGGUAAUAAUCAAGCUCAGAUCGGCACUAAUGUCGGUGCUGGUGCUGGAGGUGGUGGCAAUGGUGGCGGCGGCGGUGGGGGUAGUGCUGGUAGUAGUGGAGGCAGUUCACAAUAUGUACACCACAACAUACCACAGGCACAGCACAACACAACACCACCCCAGAUAAUAGCUGCUGGUGCGACAGCAACCUCUAGUUCAUCAGCAGAUGCUGUAAAUAACAUGGCAGCUGAUUCAUCGCCGCGCGAAUCUGGCGACGACUCGGAGGAUGAAAGUGAAAUUCUCGAAGAGUCUCCUUGUGGGAGAUGGUUGAAGCGACGGGAGGAGGUCGAUCAACGUGAUAUACCCGGUAUUGAUUGUGUCCAUCUGGCUAUGGACACGGAAGAGGGUGUGGAAGUCGUCUGGAACGAGUUGCAAUAUACCAGUAUACAGGAACUUAAAUCGCAGGAGGAUAAGAUGCGUCAGGUCUUUGAUAAUCUCCUGCAGCUGGAUCACCAGAAUAUAGUCAAGUUCCAUCGAUAUUGGACAGACAUUCAAAACCCCGAACGGCCGCGAGUGAUUUUUAUAACGGAAUACAUGUCGUCCGGUUCUUUAAAACAGUUCCUUAAGCGCACCAAGCGCAACUCCAAGCGCCUCCCUUUGGAGGCAUGGCGUCGUUGGUGCACACAAAUUCUUUCAGCGCUUAACUAUUUGCAUUCCUGCGUACCGCCCAUCAUCCAUGGCAAUCUAACCUGUGAUAGCAUUUUCAUCCAGCACAACGGUCUUGUCAAAAUUGGCACCGUUGUGCCCGAUGCAGUCCAUCAUAGCAUUCGCCAACAGCAACAGCACAAAGCCGUUGAACAUGGUGCCCUACAUUUCAUGGCUCCCGAAUAUGGUGAAGUUCGUCAGCUCACCGCCGCCGUCGAUAUUUACGCCUUUGGCAUGUGUGCUCUCGAGAUGGCCGCUCUGGAGAUACAAAAUAGUGAACCCAAUACAGCCAUCCACGAAAAGACAAUAUUAAGGACCAUAAAUAGUCUGGAAAAUGAUUUGCAACGUGAUUUAAUCUAUAAAUGCUUGCGAAGGAAUCGUUCCGAACGACCCAAAGCCAGUGAUUUACUUUUUCAUCCACUACUAUUUGAGGUGCACUCGCUUAAACUACUGACUGCCCAUUGCCUGAUAUUUUCUUCCUCGAAUCGUACAAUGUUCUCAGAGACGGUCAUUGAUGGCAUGAUGCAACGUUACAAUCGGCCCGAGGUGAUAAUGGCCUAUGUGAAAUUUACUCAAAAUGCUGUCAGUGAAGAAGAUCAGCCAGAAUCAAGUCCAGCGAAUGUCGAAUCGCCAACAGCGGGCGGAGAUGAGUCGCAACAGCAGCAAUUGGCCAGUGGUCCUAAGACCUAUAUCAGAGAGUAUCGUCUGGCCGAUGUACCCACGGCUGAUAAACUGGAAAAAUUCGUAGAAGAUGUUAAAUAUGGUGUUUAUCCCUUGACGGCCUUUAGCGGCAAGAAACCACCGCAUUUUCGCUCCAGAGCAGCCUCACCCGAACGGGCCGAUUCUGUGAAGUCGGCCACCCCAGAACCUGUAGAUAUUGAGUCACGUCGUAUUGUCAAUAUGAUGUGUAGUGUAAAAAAAUUAAAGGAGGGCAGCAGUGAUAUUCUGAUGACCAUAUUAUUGCGUAUGGACGAUAAGAUGAAUCGACAAUUAUCAUGUGAUGUCACUGAAAGUGAUACCGCAGCGGAUUUAACCCAAGAACUAGUGCGCUUAGGUUUUGUACAUACUGAGGAUCAAGACAAGAUACAGGCCCUGCUGGAGGAGACCUUACGCAGCACCUUCUCAGAGGGGGGAGCGGCCUUUGGUGAGUAUGGGGCACAGGAGAGAACAUUUAGUGCUACGAUUAAUGAGCAACAGAGUACCACCACAAUAUCCGGUACAACAAGCAAUACUAGCAAUAGCAACAACAACAACAACGGUAAUAACAACAACAACAAUAAUAAUGCCAUAAUGAUGACAACAAAGACAUUGCCAACAGCAGCAGCAAGCAGCAGCACAUUACCAUCCACAGCAGCAAACAACCUAACAGCGGCAACUGGGGCAGCAGCAGCAGCGGUGGGGCCAUCUGCAAAUAUAAUGACAACAUUAAAUCAAAUGGAAAGGAAUUGGUCGGUGGCUGACACUGAUGCUGUUGCGGCGGCCUCAUUAAUGAUGCGCGCCCAGAAUCCUACGCAAAUGAGUUCAGCAAUAGCCUCACCCCUGCCCCCCAAUGCAGCUGCAGCAACAGCCUUGGGCUUAGCGGGCACAGUAACGGUGCCCAUGGUUGCCUCAGACCCGCUAGCCGGCCAUGUCAUGUAUGUGCCCCAUGAGCAAAUGCAGCAAAUUCAUCAACAUCAGCAUCCCCCGCCCACACAGCAACCAGCACCACAACAGCAUCCCUCACAACAGAUGUCACCUCCACAGCAACAUGUGAUGCAGCAACAGCAACAGCAUAUGCAACAGCAGCAGCAGCAGCAACUACAACACAUAGAUCCUUCCAUGAUGUCAAUGGAUGUGACAGAUCAGAGCAUGGCUACAACGCUUGGUGGAGUUGGCCAUCUACAGUACAUGAAUCCCCUAAGUGGUGCCAACAAUGCCCCGGUCUCCAGCAGCAGCAACACUAGCAACACUGCAAUGUAUCCACAUCUUACCAACAUUUCCGUUAAUCCUAACCCUCAACCGCCGAAUGCCGCCAACACCAACACCACCGCCGUCACCUAUGCGUCUCCCUCAACCACUAUUAAUUAAUAAAUAGUAUUUUUAAUUUACCUUAAGGUAGUUAUGCCCCAAACUGAAUGUUUUAAAAACAAAUCAAUUCUCUUUCUCCUCUUCCUCAAACCUUUUUUUUUUACAAGUUUUUGCUAUACAAAAAAAAUACACACAAAGAAAAAGGCCAACACAGAAGAGUAAUAAGAAAAACUAACUCAUUUCAAUUAGUCGUCUCUUGUAAGAGUAAGAAAACAGCAAUCCUUCUUCUAGAUUGUAUAGAGAGUAUUACAGUCAGACAGUUUAAGGCACCAACAACUCUGCUAGCUCCAACUCCUUCCAUUGUUUGUCCUAACCAUUAAGCUUAGCAAGAGGUUUAAUUAAUAGUGGCGCCCACAUUAUAAUUCGAACACAUACACACACACACACACACCAAGACACUGUUAUAGCCUAGCGGAGAGAGUCCUAAACAUUAUGAAAAAACAAAACAAAAAAUGUGAAAAGAGACUGUGAACGAGUAUAAUUAUUAAUUUUAUUAGUUUUUUUUUUUUUUGGUUAAAAAUAUGUUAUUUUUACUUUAAUAUUAAUUCAAAAAAACAUAAAACAAUGCAAGAAAUAAAGUUAAAAACAAAAUUUGUUUAAACAAAAAAAAAAACCCAAAAAUCCUUUGAGAGUUUUUUAGAAAAUAAAGAAAAAAAACCAAACCCCUACGGACUAAAGUAACUCUUUGGUACUUUUUAGAAAAUCUAUGAAAUUAAAGAAAACACACAAGACAAGAAAAUGGCUUCCAAAAAGAAGAAAACUAAAACUUAAAAUAGCAAAACCACAAAAAACAAAAAUAAACGCAAAUCCAUUAUCUCAUUAUUUAAACAAUGACAAGACCAUGACUAGGACAGUGACGGCAACAAUGACUACGACGACGACGACAACCCAUUAAGAGAAAACCAAAUACCCCAUAAACCUCCAUAAUUUGCUUGAUAAAUAAAUCCAAAUAAAUAUUAACAUUUUUCAAUUUACGCUGUGUAAACUAAAAUUUGAAACAAAAAAAAAACAAAAACAAAUUCAAACAAAAACAAAAAAUAUACAUAUAAAUAUAUUUAAAUGACUGUGACUACUCAUAUAUACAAACAAUGCAUACAUACAUUAAAACAUACUAUUCAUUUCUAAGCAUACACAUAAAAUCCAUUUGGACUACAUACAUAUAAAGAGAGAGAGAAGAUCCACCCUGCCCCCCAAUGCCUGUUCCUCCUUCUCCUCAUCUUCCCACACAUAACCCUACCCCCUACAUCAUUGAAAAAAAAAGAAAAACAAUUGUGCGCUUUAUUAUUACUAAAAGUUAUUAUUAUUAUUACUAUUAUUAUUAUUAUUAUUGAUUAUGAUCAGUAAAUAAAUCUUUACAUUAAAAAAAAAACAAACAAGAAGCAAGCUCUUAAUAAUGAUAAAUUAAACAAAGAUAAAAACUAAUCGACAUUUCGAUCAAACAUAAUGAUGAUGAUGUUGAUGAUGAUGAUGAUGCUCUUGAUUGAUUGCAAAUAUGCUAGAAAAUAAAGAUCUGCUGCUCGAAAAUAAAACGAUCUAUAAACAAGAAACACAAAACAAACAUAAUAUGAAAACAAAACCCCAAACUACUCACACACACACACACAUAACAAACUAAAUAGAUGAUGAUGAUAAAAACAAAAUCAACAACAACAAAAUAUUAAAAAAAAAACAAACAAAAACAAAUCAUAGCUUAUUUAAAUGUAUUUAUUGUAAUUCAUACAUAAUAUCCAAGACAACAUACAUACAUACAUCAAGCAAAAACAUGCUUACACAAGAUAUUGACAAAAAAAGCAAAACAUUUUUUGUUUUUUUAAGAAAAACAAACGCCAUUUCUAAAUACUAUAUAUAAUAAAAAUAAUAAUUCUAUUUUGCAGUAGCAUAAAAUAAAGUCAUCAAUAAAAUA